AUGAUUUCGUUAGAACUCGACGAUGACGCUUUCUAUAUUUGUACAGAAGUAUCUCCGCGAUGUUUUGUUGUCCAGAAGGCUAUUCAAAUCGAUCGUACACAAAUAGAACGCGUUGUAGGAGGUGAUUUGGAAAAAACUUCUUUAGCUAGUGCUCCGCCGCCACCUUUACUACCUUAUUGGUUCACGGAAGAAUGUAGGAAUAAUCUGAUAAACUGUGAUAUGGGCAACGGUUUGACCGUCCCAGUCAACCAAGCACCACCGCCACCGUCCACACCAUCUCCUGCACCUCCACCUUGUUUGACAAUGGAAGAAAGAAAAAAACAAUUAAAAGCUCAAUUAGAAUAUUACUUCUCACGCGAAAAUCUAAUAAAUGACAAAUUUUUACGUUGCCAGAUGGAUCAAGAUCAGUAUGUCCAAAUUUCAAUAGUUGCUGGAUUCCGUAAAGUUGUUCGUUUAACUGAUGAUUACGAUUUGAUUGUUCAAGUUCUGAAAGAAUCUAAUCAGUUAGAAGUUGAUGAACGAGGAGAAAGAGUUCGACCUCUGAGCAGGCGAUGUACAUUAAUUCUUAGAGAAAUUGGAGAAGAUCAUAGAGAGGAUGUUGAGAAAAUGCUAUCUGAAGGACCGCUAUAUUUAGAUCUGAAGUAUGGCCUAAAUAAUAGUUGGUAUGUUACAUAUAAGGACGAAGAAACUACUCAGACGGCUUACCUUCAUCUUCAGAACCUGGAAGUGACUUUCAACAAUCGUCCAGUUUGUGCUAGAAUCAAAACGGGUGUGGCUCCUGCUGCUGCUGCUGAAACGGUAGCGCCGAACAAACAAAAGCAUAUCGUUCCUACUGGACAGGUAGCUCCUGCUGAUCUUAAUUCCAAUGAACCUGAACUGAAACCGUACCUUGAAUUAGGCCAAGUCUUGCACUCAGUUGGUUACGUGGCUAAAGCAACGUUCCGUCCAGGAACAGCUUUAUUACAUGUAGAAGAAAAUGAGAACACAGACGUGAACACGCAUGUGGUGCCAACCACUCGCGCUGCCAACACGCAUCGUAAUCAUUUAUCUCCUCGAGGUCGAAAUAAUUAUAACUCAAACAACUAUUAUUCAUAUUCUAAUGGAGGGAGUUAUAUGAACGGAACAUCAGCUGUGUAUCACGCAAACGAACGAAGAGGACUAACAGGAAGAGACCAUCGUGGUCCUGUCUCUAUGUCAAACGGACAUCCCUCUAAUGGACGGAACUCGUCCUUCUCUUCUAGUAAUCAUGCUGCCUCUCAUGGUAGAAGAGGUGAUCGUUUACAUCAUGGUAAACCUAUUCCUGUGAAGAACUUAAAAGGUGGUAGAAGAAAUGGUGGAGCCAACGGUGGGAAUCACGAUUAUCAUCGGAGAGGUCCAACCGAGUAUUGGAAUGGAAACAAUCAUUCCAACAAUAAUGUACCAACCCUGAGUGUAUCAACGGGGGAUUUAACUUCUAUGUCUGAUAUUAACCAAACACAUAUAGAAAGACCUCGAUAUAACAGCUUUCGGAAAUCGAGUCAUCAAGAAGUUUCUGUAACAUCAAACGUUUCUCACAGUAACAACACUCCCACUGUUCAUACCAAUCGAUCGACUCAGUCAGGAAGCAGUAGUCAUCAAGAUCUCUUAACAGCUUCUUCUGGUGGAAGUAGUAGCCGAGCGAAUCGUCGUUGGGAAGUAGAUAGUGAGCCAAGUAGUGAAAGUCAUACCGAUCGCAAAAUGUCUUCUCAAAGUGGAGGAUCAGCUUAUUCAUUUGAAGAGACAUCGUUUCCUGUGUUGAGCGAUCCAAAACCUGAGCCGGAGAAGCCAGCUGAAAAGCCCUCUUUUAGUUGUGUAGCUGCAGGGAAAAGACAUAUGAAACCUGAACCACGUAAGAGCUAUGCGGACAAGCUGAAGGAAAGGACAGCGCAGAAUGCUGAUCGUAGUACGGCAAGUGCUUCAUCAGUGACUUCAUCUCUAUCAGGAUGCUCUUCAGCUUUGAGCAAGCCAAAUGUCAAAGCAUAA